AUGACGGAAACAAUGGCAUUGAGUGGAAACUGUAGGACUAACCCUACGUCAAAAGAACAAGGAUCUGUUCAGAAUAGUUUCCCAGAUGUUGUAGAAUUAAAUGUCGGGGGACAGGUGUAUUACACGCGUCAUGCAACGUUAGUAAGCACCCCAAAUUCCUUGCUGGGCAAAAUAUUCUCACCUAAGAAGGAUGCCACUAAUGAUUUGGCGCGGGACCCUAAGGGACGCUAUUUUAUCGACAGAGAUGGAUUUCUAUUUCGAUAUGUGUUGGACUACCUCAGAGACAAACAAGUUGUACUGCCCGACCAUUUUCCAGAGAAGGGGAGGCUCAGGAAAGAGGCGGAGUACUUCCAGUUGCCAGACUUGGUCAAACUAUUGACGCCGGAAGAUUUAAAACACAGCCCAGACGAAUACUUCCACAGUGAUUUUGAAGAUGGUUCUCAAGGCAGCGACCACAAGAUGUGUCCGCCGUCGUCACUCGUUCCGGCAGACAGAAAAAGUGGAUUUAUUACGGUUGGGUACAGGGGCUCUUGUACAAUAGGCAGAGAGAGUCAAACCGACUCCAAAUUCAGAAGGGUCCCGCGGAUUUUGAUUUGUGGGAGGGUUGCGUUAGCCAAGGAAGUUUUUGGGGAGACCUUGAACGAGAGUCGAGAUCCGGACAGGACACCGGAUCGAUAUACUUCCAGGUUUUACCUGAAGUUCAAACACCUUGAGAGAUCAUUUGACAUGCUGUCCGAGUGUGGUUUCCAGAUGGUUGCCUGUAACUCUUCAGUCACAGCGUCAUCCGUGAAUCAACACACAGAAGACAAGAUCUGGUCAAGUUACACUGAAUACAUCUUCUAUCGUGGCACCUCUCGGUGGUCCUCCCCACCCUGUGACUGCUGCUGCAAGAACCACAAAGGUGACGGAGGGGGCGAGAGCGGCACCUCCUUCAACGAGCUCUCCACCUCCAGCUCUGAGAGCCAGUCAGAGGCCAGCUCACCCCAGGGCACCGUCAUCUGUGGGCCAGUCAACCGGCAGUCCCACUCCCAUGUCCAGACCCUGGACCGGCCGCUGAAGAAGGGCCCAGUGCAGAUGCUGCAGCAGUCAGAACAGCGCAGGAAGAGUGAUCUCCUCCGCACGCUCACCACUAGCUCCCGAGACACCAGCACCUGUAAGAAGAGGCCAGCUAAGGAGAAGAUGACCAUUGAGGAGGAGCUGGAGAAAUGCAUCCAGGACUUUCGUAAGAUCAAGAUCCCUGAACGCUUCCCGGAGAGGAAGUACAUGUGGCAGGCGGAGCUGCUGAGAAAGUACCGUCUCUGAGACGGAGCCAGGCUAGCUGCUGUAGGAGUCACAAAGACGGAGCCAGGCUAGCUGCAGUAGAAGUCACAAAGACAAGCAUAAAACCAUGACUGUUUAGCUAACUGUAUGUAUUGUAUGUAUGUAGGUAUUGUAUGUGUGUAUGUAUGUAUGUAGGUAUUGUAUGUGUGUAUGUAUGUAUGUAGGUAUUGUAUGUGUGUAUGUAUGUAUGUAUGUAUGUAGGUAUUGUAUGUGUGUAUGUAUGUAUGUAGGUAUUGUAUGUGUGUAUGUAUGUAUGUAUGUAUGUAUGUAGGUAUUGUAUGUGUGUAUGUAUGUAGGUAUUGUAUGUGUGUAUGUGUGUAUGUAGGUAUUGUAUGUGUGUAUGUGUGUAUGUAUGUAUGUAGGUAUUGUAUGUGUGUAUGUGUGUAUGUAUGUAUGUAGGUAUUGUAUGUGUGUUUUAAUAUAUGUACACUGCCUUCAGAAAGUAUUCUUACCCCUUGACUUAUUCCACAUUAUGUUAUGUUACAGCUUGAAUUCAACAUGGAAUAAAUUGAUUUUCCCACCCAUCUACUCACAAUGCCCCAUAAUGAAAAAGUGAAAACAUGUUUUGAAAAUAAAAUACAGAAAUAUCUCAUUUAAAUAAGUAUACACACC